AUGCUUCUUUGUAUUCGCCGAUACGCUACCGAAGCUAAGCGGCAAGUAAACCACUCCCAUUUUGAUCUACAUGCUUGGCCCAAAUCUAAGCGGCCUUCUCCACACGAUAUUUUUGACAUGGACCCUUCGGAGUCCGCCUAUAAAACAAGGCGAGAAUAUGAUUCCAAAUUGAAGUCAACGUACAAGAAGUUGAUCAAGAUGUACCACCCUGAUCUUGCUGUGUCUCAUGACAUUGUAGAGGGCUCCACUACGUUGCUGGCAAGCAAGAAAAGAGCACGGUUUGACGAGAUCCAGAAAGCAUACGAGGUGUUGAAGGACCCAAGGAAGAGGAUAGCCUACAAGAAGUACGAGCAGACCACUUGGGAUGACUACAAGCCAGGCAAGACUUCUUCGUUUGAGGCAUAUAGAAUGGCUAAUGCUCACAGAAGGCAGUACUCGUACGAGAAUGACCCCAAGUUUUGGCACGCUGCCACUUGGGAGGACUACUACCAAAUGAAAUGGGGCCGUUCGCCUCCCACAGCAGAGGAGCUCGAGAAGAAUAAGUGGAAAAUCUUGUACAAGGUGCUUAUAGUUGCGUCAGUUGCGGUUGUGCUACAGGUAAUGCUAGCCAUAGAGCGCACAGAUGAGUUCAAUCGUCAAACGAGACUAAUGAAUCUUCGAGCUGACGCAGAUUUACGAGAUAGCUAUAACAAUUUUGAUGAGGGCCGCUCGCAGUUCCAGAGAAUGCGUCGUUUCUUACUAUAUAGACGCUCCGGCCUUGAUGGUCGUGAUGACGAGGCUACUAAGAAAGAAGAGAACGACAUUCUCACACGCUUUGCACAACAGCAAGUGGACAAAUUCAAAUGA